AUAAAUAUACAGGGUUCAUCAAUCAUGAAAUUUUUCCUUCUCUCUUCACAUUUCUCUACCCUUAGAUUCAUUGUAAUCAUCAACAACAACAACAGCUUAUACUCCUCUUUCCUCCUCUAUUGCCUUAUUCACCUCUCCUCCAAGCUUGUUGAUCUUGGAAUUGAGAGAAAAAGAGACAAAGGGUUUGUUUGUAUUGAGAAGAAAGAUCCAUUGAUUGAUGGGUUUGAAGAGGGUAGAGUCAAGACCAGAAUUGUCAGGUAUGAAGAAGGCAGCAUCACGUACAUCACUACCAGACUUGGAUGAUACAGACUUAUCUAGGCUAUUAGAUAAACCACCAAGACCAAUAAACAUUGAAAGACAAAGAUCUUUUGAAGAAAGAUCUAUUAGUGAGAUAUCAGUUGGUUUAAAUCGAGGUUUAGGUAGUUCUGAGACUUUGUAUUCACCUGGUGGACGAUCAACAUGGGAAACUCCAAGAUCUUCUGCUCCUAAUGCGUUCGAGCCUCAUCCUAUGUUUGCCGAAGCUUGGGAUGCUCUUAGGCAAUCUAUUGUGUUCUUUAAUGGACAACCCGUUGGAACAAUUGCCGCUAAUGAUCAAACGGAGGAUGCUUUAAAUUACGAUCAGGUGUUUGUUAGAGAUUUUGUGCCUAGUGCGUUAGCAUUUUUGAUGAAUGGUGAACCAGAGAUAGUUAAGAACUUUCUCUUGAAAACUCUUUACCUGCAAGGGUGGGAGAAAAGAGUAGACCGAUUCAAGCUAGGGGAAGGUGUAAUGCCAGCAAGUUUCAAAGUUCUUCACAAUCCCAAUCGCAAGACGGAUUCUUUGCUUGCAGAUUUUGGGGAGAGUGCAAUUGGAAGAGUUGCCCCUGUUGACUCUGGCUUGUGGUGGAUUAUCUUGCUACGUGCCUAUACAAAAUCUACUGGGGAUUCAACAUUAGCAGAAACUGACGAAUGUCAAAAGGGUAUCAGGCUUAUAUUGACUCUUUGUCUUUCAGAGGGAUUCGACACGUUUCCAACCUUACUUUGUGCGGAUGGAUGUUGUAUGAUUGAUCGACAAAUGGGUAUCUAUGGUUAUCCUGUCGAAAUUCAAGCAUUGUUCUUUAUGGUGUUGAGAUGUGCUUUGGUACUGCUUAAACAUGAUACAGAAGGCAAAGAGUUCGUGGACAGAGUUUUGAAACGUUUGCAUGCAUUGAGUUAUCAUAUGAGAAGUUAUUUUUGGAUCGAUAUCCAGCAACUUAAUAACAUAUACCGUUAUAAAACAGAGGAGUACUCUCAUACAGCCGUAAAUAAAUUUAAUGUUAUUCCUGAGUCAAUCCCUGAAUGGCUUCUUGAUUUUAUGCCUAACCGAGGGGGCUAUUUCAUUGGAAAUGUUAGCCCUGCAAGAAUGGAUUUCCGUUGGUUUGCUUUAGGUAACUGCAUUGCAAUUCUUUCCUGUCUUGCAACUAAUGAGCAAUCUAUGGCUAUAAUGGAUCUUAUUGAAGAGCGCUGGGAGGAACUAGUCGGAGAAAUGCCCUUGAAAGUAUGUUAUCCAGCUAUAGAAAACCAUGAAUGGCGGAUCGUAACAGGUUGUGACCCCAAGAAUACCAGAUGGAGUUACCAUAAUGGAGGAUCUUGGCCAGUUUUGUUGUGGCUGUUAACGGCCGCCUGCAUAAAGACAGGGAGGCCACAAAUUGCCAGGCGGGCAAUUGAUCUCGCAGAGAGUCGGUUGCUCAAAGACGGUUGGCCCGAGUACUAUGAUGGAAAACUUGGUAGGUACAUUGGGAAACAAGCGAGGAAGUACCAAACAUGGUCGAUUGCUGGGUAUUUGGUGGCAAAGAUGAUGUUGGAAGAUCCAUCACACUUGGGAAUGAUCUCGUUGGAAGAAGACAAAAGAAUUAAGCCAUUGAUGAAAAGAUCAACAUCGUGGACUUGCUAGCUAGCUCAUAGAGUAAUCUUAUGAAAGAAGAAUGAAGAGAAGUAGUAGGCGAUAAUAUUCUUGUUAUUUACUACACUUCUAUUCUUUGGUGGGUUUUUCUUUUUUCUUUGGUGUUUAAUCUGUACAAUAGGAUUCCAUUGAGGCAGGAUUUUGCAUUUUGCAUUUCGAAUAAAAAUCCAGUUUUGAUAUUA